AUGGAAGCGAGCGACGACGAUCGCAGCAGUCACGGGUUGACCUGUCACACCGCACCUGGCGUCAUCUUCGAGUCUACGGACGAAUUGAAAGCGCACUAUCGAACAGAUUGGCACAGAUAUAACUUGAAGCGAGACACGAGCGGAUUACCGGUGGUUGGGAAAGAACUGUUCGACCGAGUGGUGAUGCAAGCGGAAGCGAGUAAGUCGGCGUCGCAAAAAGUGGUAUCGAACGCGCACUUGAAGAGGAAAGAGGAAGUGCCGAGAUCGGUCGCUCGAGCGAGACGAUUGCAAGAGUGGUGCGAUCAUCACAGAGAAGAAAUCGAAGAGGCGGAGAGAAAAAUCGCAGCCGGAGAAGAUUUGUGGGAAUCUUCAGAAGAGGACGACGGGGAUGACAACGGUUCGGAUUGGGAAUCCGUGGACGAAGACGAAGCGGAGGCUGUUUUAGCGAGAAUUGAGUCGAUGAACAUCGAAGAAGGAGAGGAGGACGAAGAUGAGUUUCCAGAUAACGACGGAAAUUCUGCGACGGUUACUCUCGCGGACAACGGCUUUGAGUUAAUCAUUCACAGACCGGAUGGCCAAACGAAAAGAAUAGGACCGCGAGAGCUCAAGCGUUACUACAAACAAAGACACAAACCAUCGGACGAGAGAGAAGAAGAUGAAAUCGCGAGAGAAGAACUGUACGAAAGAAUGACGAAGCACAUCCCGGAGAAGAAAUUAGGCACAGUUAAAGGCGAGAGAGGAAACGGCAACGGUUUAGCGCAGAGAUGGGUGAAAAUCAAUCAGCUGCAAAGGCGUUCGGAGAAGAGUCAGCAAAAGUACAUGGCAAAGUCGCACAACAUUUUUGCCGGUUCUGGGAACAAGAAGUUUGACAUGAACAUGCAAAACGCAAAGACAAAGUUACCAAAAUCUGUUCCGUAUUAG